AUGAAGCUUUUUAUAGUUAUAUUUACCGUACUGAUUCCUACCAUCUAUUGCCUCUCUGAUCAGGAAGAAUGGCAACAAUUCAAAACGCAACAUGGUAAAUCCUACAGAAGUCUCCUUGAGGAAAAGAGACGUUUCGAUAUCUUCAAGUCCAACCUCCGAAUGAUAGAUGAACAUAACCAGAGGUUCAACAAUGGUGAGGAAACCUUCAAGAUGAGAAUUAAUCAAUUUGGUGACUUGAGUCAGGAAGAAUUUCGUCAAAUGCUGAGCUUGCAGAAAGACCAAAUUCCGAAUCGCGGGGAUAACUUAGCAUUACUGGAUGACAAUGUAGAUAUACCGAAAGAAGUAGAUUGGAGAGCAGAGGGCGCUGUCACUGCAGUGCGGAAUCAACUGUCUUGCGGAGGUUGUUAG